GCGGAGACACGCGUGGAUUUAAUCAAAGGGUUCAGGGCUUCACUUUGUUUGACAUUCAGGCAGCAGCAGGAUGAUCGAGGAAGGCAGCAAACGAGGCAAGGCCAUGGUGGAGAAGAGACAGCUCUUCAUGGAAAUGAGAGCUCAGAACUUUGACGUUAUCAGACUGUCGACUUACAGGACUGCCUGCAAACUCCGGUUUGUGCAGAAGAGAUGCAACCUUCAUUUGGUGGAUGUCUGGAACAUGAUCGAAGCCUUUCGUGACAACGGGCUCAACACACUGGACCACAACGCCGAGAUCAAUGUCUCGCGGCUGGAGACCAUCCUGUCUUCCAUCUACUACCAGCUCAACAAGCGGCUGCCCACCACCCACCAGAUCAAUGUGGAGCAGUCCAUCGGGCUGCUGCUCAACUUCAUGGUGGCCACGUAUGACAGCGAAAGCCACGGGAAGCUGACCGUCUUCUCCAUGAAAGCCAUGCUGGCAACCAUGUGUGGAGGCAAAAUUGUGGACAAACUACGCUACAUUUUCUCGCAGAUCUCGGACUCAAGCGGAGCCAUGGUGUUUGCUAAGUUCGACCAGUUUCUCCGGGAGGUGCUGAAGCUCCCCACGGCUGUGUUCGAGGGCCCCUCGUUCGGCUACACGGAGCAUUCGGUGCGGACGUGUUUCCCCCAGCAGAAGAAGAUCAUGCUGAACACGUUUUUGGAUGUGUUGAUGGCAGAUCCUCCCCCUCAGUGUCUCGUGUGGCUACCACUCAUGCACCGACUUGCUAAUGUUGAAAAUGUCUUCCAUCCGGUGGAAUGUUCUUAUUGCCGGAGUGAGAGCAUGAUGGGUUUCCGGUAUCGGUGCCAACAGUGCCAUGGCUACCAGCUCUGUCAAAGCUGCUUCUGGCGUGGCCAUGCCAAUGGUCCCCAUAGCAACCAGCACCAGAUGAAGGAGCACUCGUCUUGGAAAUCUCCGGCCAAAAAGCUGAGCCACGCCAUCAGUAAAUCUCUGGGCUGCGUCCCGAUCGGAGAGCCGCCGCAUCCUGUGUUCCCCGAGCAGGCCGAGAGACCGCAGGAACUCACCCACACCGUUCAGCCGAAACCGGUGGCCAACAACAUGAACGACACAAUGCUCAUGUCCUCUGGGGCACCUACUCCCACCAAAAGUGUCUUGGAGAGUCCGAGCCGGCUAGAUGAAGAGCACCGCCUCAUCGCUCGAUACGCCGCCCGAUUGGCAGCCGAGGCGGGAAACUCCACA